GUGCAGCAAAUAUAGUCAGAGCGCAGAGAGACAACACUGUUUACCGAGGAACAUCUCCAACAGCAAAGAAACAGGGAGUAAAAUGACUCUAAACAAGACUGAUAAGAGCAGGGCCCUGGACAAGAGACGGGGUAGUACGCCGCUGCACCUUCACCAGCAGUUUCACCGCCGGAGUAUGCCCGUGGAUGACCGUGAGCUCUGUGCCUCACUCCAGACGGGGAAACUGUCCAACCUGGUGCGCUGCACCUCCUUCAACCCCGGGCAGCCCCAGCGUGACAGCUCAGCCUCUGGCUCCUCCGACUCCUUCACCUCCAGUGAUUCCGACAGCAGCCUCUACAAGGUGGUCCUGCUCGGGGAGCAUCGCGUUGGCAAAUCCAGCCUGGCCCGCAUUUUCGGAGGGAUAGAGGAAAACGAGCCACACGAGUCUGAAGGAAAAGGAGACACGUUUGACAGAUCCAUCAUGGUGGAUGGGGAGGAAGCGAAUCUUCUGCUGUUCGAUAUCUGGGAGCAGGAUGACACCAAUUGGAUCCGUGAUCACUGUAUGAAGCUGGGAGAUGCCUACAUCAUAGUGUAUUCAGUAACAGACCGAGCCAGCUUCGAGAAAGCCUCAGAACUGAGGAUCCAGCUAAGGAGAGUGAGACAGGCGGAAGACAUCCCCAUUAUCCUAGUCGGGAACAAAAGUGACUUGGUUCGGUCCAGAGAGGUGUCAGUGGAAGAGGGGAGAUCCUGUGCUGUGGUUUUCAACUGCAAGUUUAUUGAGACCUCUGCUGCCCUCCACCACAACGUGAAGGAUCUCUUCGAGGGCAUCAUCCGGCAGAUCAGACUCCGCAGAGACAGCAAGGAGGCCAACGAGAGGCGGCUGGUGAGUGCCAAGAGGCGGGAAAGUAUUGGGCAGAAGGCCAAACGUUUCCUAGGCCGGAUGGUGGCCAGGAACAACAAGAAGAUGGCCUUCAAGCAGAAAUCCAAGUCCUGCCACGACCUGUCUGUCCUUUGAAGUUAGAUUGAGAAAAUACAAUUGCUCACCUUGGCUGCUGUGCAACCGUUAUCAAAUGUGUUUGUCUUUUUGUGGGUAUUGAAUGAAAGAAGUUAUUGCUUGGAGAAUAAACAUUAUUGGGAACUAUGCAAACGGAAUUUGAAAUUCUGCCGGUGAAUAAGGUAAUGCAUUUCUUGCAUGUUGCCUUUACUGCAGCCAACAUCACUGUCAGACGUGUGAUACUGACUAUGUAUCUGUACCCCUGGAGCUCCUCUGUGGAUAGCGGAAACAUGCAAUUAAUAACCUCUCCACCAAGAAUAUAAGUGCCAGCCUCCUGCCACUCUCACCUCAGUUAUGCAGCCAAAAGUAUUUUAACUUGUCUUCUGUUCACAUGCUCACCUCCCUCUUGAUAUCAGUGGUGAACCAUCCCAACAGCAACAGAUAGAGACCUGAUGGAGGUGUUUGAGGCAAGAAGACUGGACCCUUUAAGGAAGAUCUGCAUGCUGGAAUGGGGAAAUCGGAUACAAUAAUGGGGAGUUUGUAAGAUUGAUAUUUCAAAGGAUGUGAUUCAAUGGGUUCAAAAGCUUCCUUCAUCCAAAAUUCUCCUUAUUAUCCAGUGAAAGAAGCUGCAAUAAACCCAUCUACAGCCACUUGGUCUCUUCAGCGUUAUUGGUAAAUGCUACAUUCCAUUCAAUUUCUAAAGCUUGCUAGCAAUAUCUAGGGUUAGAAAAUGGUCACUGCAUCAGUCCUGGAAUUCAAUAGCCGACUUAUUGAUAGUUGGUCACUCGGAGUCUAACUGAACUCAAUAGGCCUGAAGUUGUGACACUAUCUCCUUGGUAUCAGGAUCAUACAGCAUGGAAGGAGAUCAUUUGUCCCAUCAUACCUGCGCUAGCUCUUUGAAAGGGCUGUCCAAUUGUCCCACUAACUUUGCUCUUUCCCCAUGGCCUGUAAAAUUUGUCAAAGCAUUAGGGAUGAACUGGCAUCUGAGUGAAUCCAACUUGGUGUGACCUGCAGGGGUGAUGGUAGUUUAAUGGUAAUGUCACUGGACUAGUAACCCUGAGGUCCUCUGGGGACAUGGGUUCAAAUCCCACCACAGCAGCUGGUGGGAUUUAAAUUCAAAAUAAAUCUGGAAUUGAAAGCUAGUCUUAGUAACAGUGACCAUGAAACUGUCAUUGGUUGUUGUAAAAGGUCUCCUAGAAGGAAAUCUGCCAUCCUUACCUGGUCUGUCCUACAUGUGACUCCAGACCCACAGCAAUGUAGUUGACUCUUUAACUGCCCUCUGAAAUGCCCUAGCAAGCCACUCAGAUGAAGGGCAAUUAGGGAUGGGCAACAAAUGUUGGCCUUGCCAGCGACACCCACAUCCCAUGAAAAAAUAAAAAAAGGCAUUGACAGGCUGAGAAACCUGUAAAUUUGAGAUGCAAAACCAUCCCUUUUCUAAUUUAUGAAACAGCAUGAUGUUGUAAUCAGCACCAAUACUUUGAAACGCAAGAAGAUUUCAGUGGUGAGUGGGUUUAUUGAGCUGAUUUUUAAAGAGAGUAACAAGGAGCAAAAGAGUUUCCGGCUCUGAUGGAAGACUCAUGAGGUGUGCAGGCUCAUACAGAAACAUCAGACAGCACAGUCAGACAUAGAAUGAUCACAUGUCCAGGUAGGCAGCUGCUGAGAAACAAAAAAUUAAAUAAGCAAUAAUACAUGCUCACUGUGGUUCACUGCUAGGUUCUGUCAGAUUCCUUUGCACCUCAGUAUAUUAUUAUUCAGAUCAUUUCCUAACUGUUUACAUAUCGAUUUUUGUAUUAAAAUAAAAUUUAUUCAGCCUUGCAAAA